UUGAGGCAUGCGCCGCCCGUUCCGGCCCUGACCUCCGCCGGCGUUGUCGACCUCCCCCGCGACUGAACACUGCCGUCGUCCAUUCGGGUGAAGGCCGCCCUCGACCGCUCCCCUGCAGGCCGCGGGCCCCUGCUCCCAUCAAAGCCACCGCCUCCCUGUCGUCCCAGGCCACCGCCGUCUGCUAGGGGCCCGCACUGCCGGGAUCUCCUUUGGGCGACCAGGCUGUAGCCGAGAAUUCCCCUCCUGGCGAAAGUCUUCUCAUUCAGGACUCACUUCAGGGCCAGCUUGCCAAACGAUUUUAUCAUCCAGAAUCACUUCCACCAGAGAAUCAGGAGCUGGAAACAGAAAAUCCAGGAGUGGAGCUCUGCCAAACAGGUCCUAAGAUUCCUAAAUUUUCUACAUUCGGAUCUACUCCUGCUCUCACCCCCGUCCAGAUCCGAACCCCUCACGCGCGGCACGACCAAAUCCUAACCGCCUGAUCCAAUGCGCAGGGGCCUCAGAAGCAAGACGUCACUGUGCCGGCUGUGGGUCGCCGUAGCCGUGCUGGUCACUGGCACCAUCUGGCUCUGGUCCUCCUCCUCCAUUGUCCUCCUCGGUACCUACAGGGUCCAGGAUUUUGUUGUAAAUGAUUUGUGGAGAACCGCAGAUUCAAAUGGGUGGAGAGCAUCUUCUGCACCACGCACCUAUUGGCUUCCCCCACCAACUGAAUCUGAGAGCAAUGGGUACGUGCGUGUCCGGUGCAAUGGUGGCUUGACCCAACAACGCAGUGCGAUAUGUAAUGCUGUUGUUGUAGCACGAAUCAUGAAUGCUACACUAGUGCUGCCAGAGUUAGACACAAAUUCAUAUUGGCAUGAUGAGAGUGGUUUUGUAGGUAUAUAUGAUGUUCCCCACUUCAUCAAGACAUUGAAAUAUGAUGUUCGAAUUGUUAUGAGCCUUCCAAAAAUCACUGCACAGGGAAAGACCAAGAAGCUCAGAGCACAUAAGAUGGAACCACCUAGAGAUGCACCAGUUACUUGGUACAGAACAACUGCUCUAGAGAAGAUAAGGGAGCAUGGUGCGAUAUAUUUAACUCCAUUUUCACACCGAUUGGCUGAAGAAAUUGAUGAACCAGAGCUCCAGAGAUUGAGAUGCAGGGUGAAUUAUCACGCACUACAAUUUAAGCCAAAUAUCAGGAAAACAAGCAGUGAUAUAGUGAAUAAGCUCCGUUCAGAAGGCCAUUUCAUGUCAAUUCAUCUUCGGUUUGAGCUUGAUAUGCUUGCAUAUGCUGGGUGCAUCGACAUAUUCACACCUAAAGAACAGGAAAUCCUGUUGAAGUAUCGGGAGGAACAUUUUGCAAAAAAGAAACUUAUCCACAGGGAAAGAAGGCUCAUUGGAAAGUGCCCUUUAACUCCAGAAGAGGUAGGUCUUAUUAUACGUGCUAUGGGAUUUGAUAACACAACAUGGAUUUACCUUGCUUCUGGAGAACUCUUUGGUGGGGAACGUUUCAUGAAGCCAUUCAAGGCUAUGUUUCCACGUCUAGAAAACCAUAGUAUGGUUGGAAGUGGAAAGCUGGACAAAGGGCUAGCGGGGUCGGCAGUUGAUUACAUGGUCUGUCUCCUGUCGGACAUUUUUAUGCCCACAUAUGAUGGCCCGAGCAACUUUGCAAACAAUCUCAUGGGUCAUCGCCUAUACUCUGGUUUCCGAGCCACAAUCACACCAAACAGGAAGGCCCUUGCUCCAAUAUUCAUGGACAUGGAUGAAGGGCAUGCAUCUGGAUAUGAGGAGAGGAUCAGGCAGGUCAUGUUCAGCACCCAUUUUGGCGCCCCCCACAGGCGCAUCCAUCCAGAGUCUUUCUACACAAACUCAUGGCCAGAGUGCUUCUGCCAGAUGAAUGCUAGGAAUCAAGCUGACCAGUGCCCACCCAACAAUGUACAUGAUGUCCUUGAAAGUCAGUUCCACUCAACUGGUGAGGUGUCGGUGGCGGCAAGCGCAAAGAGGUGAUGUGUUAGUUAAAAGGUGUCUUCGCUGUAACGUGCAUUUUUUCCCUUACUCGGCAACCAUAAGUCGCACAAAGGAUUCUCGUUUUGCCCCUGUCAAACUGGAGACUCGAGCAAGGCGAAAGGCUGAAGAGUGAUGUGUGUUUUGGGCGUGUUGAAAGGGACUCAACGAAUCUGUACAGUUGAGUUGUGAGGGGUGUUGAAUGCGAAUCUGACUUGAAUACUUGGCAACUUGGUUCGUUUUGCUCAGAUUAGCUUUGAUCUUAGUUCUUUUGUUGUGUAU